AUGAUUGCUUAUAAGGGACGGGAAGGCAAAAGAGGAAGAAACUUAAAAAUGUCUAGACAUUUAGAACGUUUAUAUAAAGAAGGAAAAUGUCGUGAUUGUUCAGUUGUGGUAACACGAAUGGAUUUUGCUAAAAUCUUGGGCAAAUUUACCAAAGUUAAAAUUCAAUAUGAAAGCAGUUCAUCUCCAAAAACCCAAAAGACAGCCGAGAGCCCUGCACCAAAUUCAAAUGCAAGAUUAAAAAACAAUGAAAAUGGCAUGGUACUCAUCCAUAGAAAUGUUUAUAGCCAGCACCCUGUAAAAGAUUUAUCUAAUUCCAAGAAACCUAAAAUAAAUGAAGCAUCAACACCACGACAAGUAAGUAAUGUAUUAAAGGAAAAUAAUGGUCCUAAAAUCACAUCACUAUUAACAGACAGAAAAACUAACCACAAUGAAAUGCAAAAACUUAACCAAAAUAAUAAUAAGCAUUAUGCAAUUAUAUUUAAUGACCCUAAAUCUAAUAACAAUAUUGAUAUUAAAUGUGAUUUAACAUUGACUGACUUAUUACCAAAUAUAGACAAAAGAAUCUUACCUACAGAAGACUGGUGUAUAGAUUACUUUCCUAAAAAUGAUGAGCCUACUGAUGAUAAAGUAUAUGACCGUAUUGCCGCUGAACUGGAAGAUUUAAUGUAUAAUGAAAAACCUGAAGUGAAAUACAGUAAAUCUGAUGCUACAGACAGCAAAGUAGAUGAUUUUCCAUCAAUAAUGGAUAUUUUAAAUGAUAAUAGUGCAUCUGUUACUAAUUCUGAACCAAAAGAUCAAAGUAAUAAUAUAGAAUUUAAAGGUAAUUUAGAGUCCAGUGAUGUUGAAGCUAUGCUCCUUGGUAAGGCAAAUGACAGUAAAAUUAUUGAACCGUCUCCGUCUAUGGAGGUAGAUAAUACAGAUGUUAAUAAAUUAAUUGAAGAUGUUGUACAAUUCAGUGCGACUGUAGAAAUGGAGAAAAAAGAGGUUAAUGAAUUAAGUGAAGUAGAGAAUCCACAUAGUCCUUCUAUAUUAGAUGAAGCUUUGCAGAAAGGUAUUGAGGAACAUUUGCCAAGUCAUCAUUCACCAUUAAAAGACAAUAAUGCAAAUGAUAAUACUAUUAACAAAAUACCUGAAUUGAAUCACAAAACUGAAAAUGGUAUAGACAAUGUUAAAAGUACUAUUAAUUCAAAUAGUAAUGAAAAUACUGUAAAACCUGAGCCUCUUACUGUUCAAAGUAUUUGUCCAGCAUUGAAGAUUAAAGAAGUAACACAUGUAAUAUUUAAAAAAGUAGUCAAUGGUGUAUGUCAGAAAUCUGUAACGUGCCCUAAAAAUCUCAAAUAUAGCAUAGAAAUUGAAGAAAAAUCUGUUGAAUUUUUAGGUGCUCCUAAAUAUAUUUCAAGCUUAGAAGAUUUACAGAUUAACGAGCUCUCGCUGCUGGUGAGAAACAAUGGGAGACCCGCGGCGAUGGCGUCCACUGCGCCCUUUGCCCGAUACCCUAUUGUUUCGUUCUGCGCAUUGCGCAACGGCUCGCUC